AUGACGGACGACCAGGAGACUCCUCUGGAAGAAUUCAGUAUUGAGGCUCCCGCACCUCCCGAGUUCUUGUCCUACGAAUCGGGAGGUGUGGCGGUCAGCUACGACAAUGAGGAUACCCCAAAGGACGAAGGAGAGGAUGGAACGGGAAUUCGACAUGGCAGAGGACCACGCUUUUGGCUGCUCAUUGUUGGAGCCCUCGUGCUGGUGAUUGCCGCCGUGGGAGGAGGUGUCGGAGCCGCCAUGGCUGGCCGCAGUAGUGAUGAUCACAACAGCGCGAGUGCGGUGGUGGACGACAGUGCUACACCUUCGUCCACUACUACUGGUACCGCUUCUUCCAACAGUGGCAGUUCCUUCAGCACAAGUGGCAAUAUCAAUAGUAUGGACGACAUGAAGGAAGACAAACAAGACUUUGAAGUGGGUGGCGUGGUGAAUCUCGGAACGACCUCCACCCCGGCACCUACGACGGAAGUCUAUGACAUUAUCCUGACGCACUCUCGUUAUCACGGUCUCGAGUUUGAAGAUAUCAAUUCCUACCAAUCCAAGGCCGUUGCCUGGGUCGAAUCCACAGCCGACCUCAGCUUGCAUACCGCCGCACGCUUGGUACAACGAUACGCCCUGGCGUGUCUCUACUACGCCACCAAUUCCGUGGAAAACUUUCAUACCAUUGAGAUCUUUGGAGAAGGCAACGUACGACCUUGGAUUGACGAAACGGAUUGGUUAUCCGGGGACGAAUGCACAUGGUACAAGAUUACCUGCAACGACGAAGGAUACGUCACCAGGAUUGAACUCGAUUCCAAUCGUCUCACGGGAGCCUUGCCACCCGAACUCACAUUGCUCAAGAAUACGCUGGAGGUACUCGACUUUUAUCAAAACCUCUUUCACAAUAUAGGGGAUGCCGGGAAUCAUUGGUUGGGAGAAUUGACCAAUCUCAAAGAACUAUUCUACGCAAGAACCUACAUGGAAUACGACGGCAUCCCCACCGUCAUUGGACUGCUCACAAACUUGCAAGAGUACGAUUGCUCCUACACACUCUACAAUGGACCACUCGUCGGGCAAACAUGGGCGACAUUGAGCAACUUGGAAUACCUGCACAUUGGUGGAAACCGGUACAACAGUAGUGUACCCGUGGAAUUGGCACUCAUGCCCAAGUUGGAAUACCUCUAUGCCGAAUACACCGACUUGACGGGAGACUUGUCCUUUAUCUCCCUCAUGCCCGAGAUUGUCGAGCUAUGGGUCGAUCGAAAUCCAAUGAUGGGAGGAUCCAUCCCCUCCGAAGUGGGAUUGGUCGAUUCGUUGCGAUCCUUUAGUGUCACGGACUGUGGCCUCACCGGGACCUUGCCGACGGAACUCGGAGAACUGCAAUUGAAACAGUUUUGGUGUUACAACAAUUCUCUCGUCGGUGAUAUCCCCUCCGAGUUGGGACAGAUCCAAGAGCUGUCCCGCUUGGGAUUGGAAAACAACGAGUUUAGGGGUUCUGUGCCGUCGGAGAUUUGCGACCUGCGCAGUGGCGAAAAUUUGGAGGGCAACCUGGACAAGCUAGAAGCCGACUGCGAUGGAGAAGUCGAGUGCUCCUGUUGUACGUGCUGCGGAGAAGCGUGUUUCGGAAGUGCAGCAUCGCCCAGUGGAAGACUGCUGGAGGCUGCUUUCUACUCGUAUUGA